UUUCUGCCCUGCUAGAGCUGCCCUGGUCAACUGUAAGUGUUGUAAAGUGGAAACAUCUAGCAGUAACCACGGUUCAGCCAUGAAGUGGAAGGCCACACAAGCUUACAGAACAGGACCGCUGAGUGCUGGAGAGCGUAGCGUGUAAAAAUUGUCUGUUGCAACACUCACUACUGAGUUUUAAAAAAACGAGCAGCUGCACACAAGCCUUAGAUCACCAGGGGGGCAGGCCGGGCCGCAACACAAGGAAGGUAUAUUCUCCCUGAUAACCGGGAGGAGAAUGACCAGUCCACCCAUAAGUGGAUGGUGUACGUCAGAGGCUCCAGAAGAGAGCCCAGCAUCGACCACUUUGUCAAGAAAGUCUGGUUCUUCCUGCAACCCAGCUACAAGCCCAAUGACCCACUGGAAGUCAGGUCUGUCCAUCAAAGCAGGUAGGUCCGUGGGGUACAGUGCGCUUCCUUCAGCCUCGGAACGCACCCCAUCCCGGCCUAAAGUCACAGAGAAGAUUGUGUUGGGUUCCUAUGGCAACUCGGCCUUCCAGCCAAUCACGGCCAGCUGUAAGAUUGUCCCACAGGGUCAGGCACCCAGCCCCUCCGGUUCCCCUGGGAUAUCCUUUCAGCCAAUCACAAUGAGCUGUAAGAUUGUGUCAGGUAGCUAUCUACCAAUAGGAUUUGUUGGUAUUGGAGCGGAUGGAGGAAGGGUGGUAGAUAAGGGGUGGAACUGUUGAAUGAUUCAGUAGUUUUAUUUGGAUUUUUGUUAUAGUAGUCAGUCAGUUUAUUUCAUUCAUGUCAUUUGUUUUCUUAUUCAAAGGAAACAGAAGAAAUUACCAGUCAAUCUCAGUUUAUAAACACUGAGAUUGAAAUGGGGUUCAAUUUCUAAAUUGAGGCACACAAAUGCCUAAGGGGAAAUCUUUAGAUACAUUGGCUGUUGAAACUAAAGCACAACUUGUGAUUGUUCAUGGCCUGUAUUUGCGAGGAUUCAGAGCUUUAGAAAAAUAAAUAUUUCAGGGCUAAGACACGUCAAUAACGUUUGCUGGCCGAGAGUACUUAGCACCUCUGAACGUAAUUUGCGAACCGAGUGUGCACCGAUUUUACGUUUACAAUAGCCUGAAAAAUGUUGUCAGUUUGGUGCGUCGUGUGCGAGCCUUUAUACAGAAUAUCUUUACAAUGAGCAGCGUGUUUGUGAUUUGUUUUGGUCCCAAAGGUUCAGCCAUCUCCACACCCAGCCACUCUUCCCUCCCCCAAACCCUCACCUCCACCCCUGUACACACUGAACAGGGACCCUCCGUACUCUAAAACCCUUACAUAAUCAACGACAAGCCCGGCUAGGUCAUCGGGAUGGCAAUAACCUCCUUCACUGCCUCCACAGGAAGUCUUACAGCCAAGCAGUCGGUACGGCCCAAGGCACUCGCUCUCUGGCCCCCAAGGUUCACACGGACCGCUUCCUGUCCUCAGGGUUCAAGGUCAUUAUCAAGCAGCAGCAGAUGGUUUCCACGGUAACGGCAGCCCAGCAGUUUGGUCGCAGUGAAGGGAAGUCACUUGAUCUCCAUGUCACCACAGAGACAGACAGGAGGGGCCACCUGGGCGGGGGCCACAACCAGCAAGGUAUCAGACAAACAUACACUCACACACACAUAUGGUUCACAGCCAAUGAGCAAGGUAUCAAAGAGCAAUGGUUUUGACCUGUUAAAAUACAUCUCCCAUGUUUCCCCCCUCCAGGUUCUGGGUACCCCUGUAGGCUCCGCCCUCCAGGUUCUGGGUACCCCUGUAGGCUCCGCCCUCCAGGUUCUGGGUACCCCUGUAGGCUCUGCCCUCCAGGUUCUGGGUACCCCUGUAGGCUCCGCCCUCCAGGUUCUGGGUACCCCUGUAGGCUCUGCCCUCCAGGUUCUGGGUAUCCCUGUAGGCUCCGCCCUCCAGGUUCUGGGUAUCCCUGUAGGCUCCGCCCUCCAGGUUCUGGGUACCCCUGUAGGCUCCGCCCUCCAGGUUCUGGGUACCCCUGUAGGCUCUGCACUCCAGGUGCUGGGUACCCCUGUAGGCUCCGCCCUCCAGGUUCUGGGUACCCCUGUAGGCUCCGCCCUCCAGGUUCUGGGUACCCCUGUAGGCUCCCGCCCUCCAGGUUCUGGGUAUCCCUGUAGGCUCCGCCCUCCAGGUUCUGGGUAUCCCUGUAGGCUCCGCCCUCCAGGUGCUGGGUACCCCUGUAGGCUCCGCCCUCCAGGGGCUGGGUAUCCCUGUAGGCUCUGCCCUCCAGGUUCUGGGUACCCCUGUAGGCUCCGCCCUCCAGGGGCUGGGUAUCCCUGUAGGCUCCGCCUUCCAGGUUCUGGUAUCCCUGUAGGCUCCGCCCUCCAGGUUCUGGGUAUCCCUGUAGGCUCCGCCCUCCAGGUGCUGGGUACCCCUGUAGGCUCCGCCCUCCAGGUUCUGGGUAUCCCUGUAGGCUCCGCCCUCCAGGUUCUGGGUAUCCCUGUAGGCUCCACCCUCCAGGUUCUGGGUAUCCCUGUAGGCUCCGCCCUCCAGGUUCUGGGUAUCCCUGUAGGCUCCGCCCUCCAGGUUCUGGGUAUCCCUGUAGGCUCCGCCCUCCAGGUGCUGGGUACCCCUGUAGGCUCCGCCCUCCAGGGGCUGGGUAUCCCUGUAGGCUCUGCCCUCCAGGUGCUGGGUACCCCUGUAGGCUCCGCCCUCCAGGGGCUGGGUAUCCCUGUAGGCUCUGCCCUCCAGGUUCUGGGUAUCCCUGUAGGCUCCGCCCUCCAGGUGCUGGGUAUCCCUGUAGGCUCCGCCCUCCAGGUUCUGGGUACCCCUGUAGGCUCCGCCCUCCAGGCAGCGAUGAAGCUUGUGGCCAUCAGCAUCGGACAGAUUCUGGAUCUUCAAGGUGAUGGGCGGGAGGCAUGUGGUCGCCCAGGGCGUUGCCAAGGCCUUUGUCACCGGGACAGCCGAUAGCAUUGUGGGUCAGCAGGUCAUUGUUAAGGCAACUGGGGCCGCAGGGGGAACAGGAAAGAGUGGAGGUGAGACGCGUAAAUACCAAGAAACACUCUUGGCAAACGCCCACUGUCACAAUCUCUCAUUAAAAAGCACCCAUCCACACAAAUGCUCAUUCACAUGCUCCCUCACAGCUCUUCUGACAGAUGUUUCAUUCGCAUGCUCCCUCACAGCUCUUCUGACAGAUGUUUCAUUCACAUGCUCCCUCACAGCUCUUCUGACAGAUGUUUCAUUCACAUGCUCCCUCACAGCUCUCCUGACAGAUGUUUCUGCAUUUUCUCUGUUGUGGGUGUCUCUCUCGCUCGCUCUAUCUCUCUUUAGUUCCACUACUUUCUUUCUUUCCCUUUCCACAACUUUAUCUACAACAUUAUCCUUUUAUCGCCUCACUCUCUCU